AUGGAUGGCGUACCUAGGGGGGAAAGGGGGAGAGAACGAUCCAUCCCGGAUGUCACCCGAUUGGGGGUGUCACCCAAUUGGGAGUCAAAAGAGCUACAACAGUCCAUGGAGUUGGACCACGGUGACGGCGACGGGCGACUGACCGCGGGCCCCGCGCGGGCCGCCGCCCGCGCUGUAGGCCGGGGGCUGGGCAGGGGUUUCAAAGACUCUACACUAACU